GGAGGUCGGCGGAGAAGGACAGAGCCGCAGCCGCUUCGCUCCCGUCCGCCGCCCGCCUCACCCUCCCCUCCCGGCCGCCCCCCUUCCUCUUCCUCCUCCUCCUCCUCCUGCUUUUUUCCCCCCCUCCCCCCUUCCCCCUCCUCCCCAGGUUGCGGAAAGGAUGCCGCGCUCUGGGCCGCUACCCGCUGCCUUCUCGCUGCUGCUGGCGACCACUGCUCUCCUGCCGGGACCCGCCGCGGCGCAGAACGAGCCCAGGAUCAAUGCCAGUGAGGAUGUAGUCAUUCAUGUGUAUAGCCCAGCUGUCACAUUGCAGUGUAACCUCACCACAAGUCCCAGCCCCCUUUCUGCCAGUUACUGGGUGAAGAAUGGAGAAGAGAUCCCUGGCACUAGAAAAUCUACAAACACUACAGAAUACAAGAUUUCCAAGCCCCGAGCAGAGGAGUCUGGGGAGUACUUGUGUGUGUUUGUCUUUGCCAACUCUCCCAUAGCCAACGCCACUAUAGAAGUGAGAGCCACUCCUGACAUCACUGGCCACAAGAGAAGUGAAAAUAAAAACGAGGGGCAGGAGGCACUGAUGUACUGCAAGUCCGUGGGCUUCCCACACCCCGAGUGGGUGUGGCGCAAGAAGGUCAAUGGAGUGUUUGAGGACAUCAACAACUCCUCUGGCAGAUUCUUUAUUUCAAAUAAGGACAACUACACUGAGCUCAGCAUCACAAACCUACAGAUCAACGAGGAUCCUGGCGAGUACCAGUGCAAUGCCACCAACCAGGUUGGCUCUGUCUCUGUCACAACCAUCCUCCGUGUCCGCAGCCACUUGGCUCCCCUCUGGCCCUUUUUGGGGAUUUUGGCAGAAAUCAUUAUCCUGGUGGUCAUCAUAGUUAUUUAUGAGAAACGGAAGCGGCCGGAUGAAGUCCCAGAUGAUGAUGAACCAGCUGGGCCAAUGAAAACCAAUUCUACAAACAAUCAUAAAGAUAAAAACUUACGCCAGAGAAACACAAAUUAAAAAUGCUUAUCAUAGCUUUAAGUUUCUGAGAGACUGAUGGCAAUAUGACCUGCUAAAUUUAAGGGUUGGAACUCUUGGUUCUAGACUCCAGUUCUGUCUGAUUAUUAUUUUUUUUUUUUUCCUUUUCAAGUGAGAACAAUAUGACUGUCUAACGCAUGCCUUAUUUAGCCUCUCCUGUAAAGAUGACCUAGCCAGAUAAAUUUUAAUAAUGCUUCAGUGUAGAAGGUGUAAACUAUUUUGGGCUUGAUGUGCUGUGAAUGUUGCUUUUCUUUUCUUUCUCUUUUUUUUUUUUCUUCUUUUCUUUUUUUCCCUUUCUUUCUUCUUCCCCCCCCUUCCUUAAUCUAUUUAAACAUUAGCAGUAGUGAGCUGGUUCACGCAUGCACCAUUUUUUACUUCCUGUAGCUGUUCAAAUUGGCAAAGCUCUAAACCGCACCGCUGCCAUCUAGUGAGACUUUUUUGUAAAGUACAGCAGAACUUACAAAUAUAUACAGUAUAUAUUUAUAUUUUGGGGGAGAGGGAAAACCAAAAUACAGUAAUCGUGUUUCAUUUUGAAGCUGCUGAUAUUCAUUCCUUACUGUAUGUCUGAGAGGUGAGAGGAUUCUACUGUUCUGGUACUUAGAGAAGUAAUAUAAAUUGAAAUUACCUUAAGGGCUUAACCUAUGUAGAGAGACUUGGGUGUCCUAUAAUCAGACUUUACAAGCUGGAAUGGUUCGACGUGGUGGUGGAAUGCAGUUGAAAACCAACAAGACUUCAGUUUAUAAAUAUAUAUAUAUAUAUGAUUGCUUUUUAAGUGGGUUUUUUUUUUUUGGUUUUUUGUUAACUCAUGUAAAUUCUCAAAUCCUUUUGCACUGAUGUGUUCAACAUAUUCUUGUACAUUCAAUUCAGGCAAACUUUUGUAAUUUUCUUGGUUUCUUUUUUUUUGUUUGUUUCGGUUUUUUUUGUUUUGUUUUCUGGUUUUUUUGUUUAAAUGAUGAGAUGUUAAGCAUGGUGAUAUUCUAUGCAACUAGUUAUACUCUUUAGUUUGACACUGUAAUUUCUCAUGAUUUAAAGAUUGUAGAAAUAGACCUAACAGGGUUCUCAUGAUGUGCGUAACUGUAGAUGCAUGAACUUGUGUUCUGUGUAUUUGUUGAAGUGCAAUGAUGUAUAAAAAGUGGAUUCACCUGUUUUUAAAAAUAAAACACUGACAAAAAAAAAAAAAAAAAAAAAAAAAA